GAGUGACAACUGUUCAUUAUGCCUGAGCCAGCUAAAUCUGCUCCUGCGCCGAAAAAGGGCUCCAAGAAGGCGGUGACCAAGGCGCAGAAGAAGGAUGGCAAGAAGCGCAAGCGCAGCCGCAAGGAGAGCUACUCCGUGUACGUGUACAAGGUGCUGAAGCAGGUCCACCCCGACACCGGCAUCUCGUCCAAGGCCAUGGGCAUCAUGAACUCGUUCGUCAACGACAUCUUCGAGCGCAUCGCGGGCGAGGCGUCGCGCCUGGCGCAUUACAACAAGCGCUCGACCAUCACGUCCAGGGAGAUCCAGACGGCCGUGCGCCUGCUGCUGCCCGGGGAGCUGGCCAAGCACGCCGUGUCCGAGGGCACCAAGGCCGUCACCAAGUACACCAGCUCCAAGUGAAUAUGUUUAUAGCCGCCAUCAAACCCAAAGGCUCU